AUGUCAGGACAAUCCUCACUAGCCCUCAAAGAGGAGGGUAACCGCCACUUCCAAAAGGGCGACUACGUCGCUGCCGAGGCGUUGUACACCAAGGCGCAACCCCCUUUUUUUAAAACACACAGAAUCCUCGCUGACCCCACAAACCCCCUCCUCUACACCAACCGCGCCAUGGCCCGCCUCAAAAUGUCUCGCUGGGACUCGGUAAUCGAAGACUGCGAGGAAUGUCUCCGCCUGUCCUCCAGUACCACGCACCUCCCGCUCAAAAACUACGACCAAGCCGUUGCCUACGCGCUGGAAGCGCACAAGAUUUGCGCAGACACGCACGACAAGAGUUUGGCGGCCGUGACGAGUCAGGUGCUCAAGUGCAAGAAGGAGAGGUGGGAGCACAGGGAGAAGUUGAGGAAGAGGGAGGAACAGGAACUGGAGGGCGAGGUGGUGGAGAUGCUGAGGAGGGAGAUGGACGGGUUGCUGAAGACUACUAGUUCUAGUGGUGAGGAUGAGGAUGAGGAAGGGAGGAAAGAGACGGAAAAGAUGUACGAGGAGAAAAUCGAGAGGAUACGAGCCGUCUUUGAAAGGGCGAGGGAUAAGGAAAACCAGCGAAGACCGAAUCCGCCAGAUUGGGCGAUUGAUGAUAUCAGUUUUCAGGUCAUGGUUGAUCCUGUGAUGACAAAAACAGGCAAAUCCUACGAACGCGCAUCCAUCGAGGAACACCUCCGAAGAAGCGAGACGGAUCCGCUGACGAGAACACCCCUGACCAUCAAGGAUCUGCUGCCCAACAUCGACCUUAAGCACGCUUGCGAGGAGUUCUUGAAUGAGAACGGGUGGGCGGUUGACUGGUAG